GAGCUGAAAGAAAUGUGCUGAUCUUUGACCUAGGAGGUGGCACUUUUGAUGUGUCAAUCCUCACUAUUGAGGAUGGAAUCUUCGAAGUCAAGUCUACGGCUGGAGACACCCACUUAGGUGGAGAAGACUUUGACAACCGAAUGGUCAACCAUUUCAUUGCUGAGUUUAGACGUAAGCAUAAGAAGGACAUCAGUGAGAACAAGAGAGCUGUCCGGCGUCUCCGUACUGCUUGUGAACGUGCUAAGCGUACUCUCUCUUCCAGUACCCAGGCCAGUAUUGAGAUCGAUUCUCUCUAUGAGGGAAUCGACUUUUAUACUUCCAUUACCCGUGCCCGAUUUGAAGAAUUGAAUGCUGACCUGUUCCAUGGCACCCUGGACCCUGUAGAGAAAGCCCUCCGAGAUGCCAAACUAGACAAGUCACAGAUCCAUGAUACUGUCCUGGUUGGUGGUUCUACUCGUAUCCCCAAGAUCCAGAAGCUUCUACAAGACU